UACAUAAGUACAUAAUCUACAUUAUAAAUGGCGACUCUAGUCAUCACUGUUGUCGUUUCUCUGUGUUCACUGUGAAAGUUAUUUCAAAUAUUAGUAAAAGUGUACAACUUUGAGUGGUAAAAGAAGUUGAAAUGUAAAUGAAAGCUAAUAAUAUAACGUUCUACGUUUCUUAUUGUAAUUCUAUAUUUUAAUAGGACGAGAAAAGAAAUACACAAUGUCCAGCGACGAAGAUAAACCACCUGCGCCUCCAGUGCGCUUAACCAGCAAUCGAGCCACAGACAGGGGUGAUUCUGUAGCUUCUGUUGAUAUGAGGCCUUUACCAAAAGAACCGGAUGACGGUGGUGAUAGAAAAAAGAAAACAUUAAAAGCAAAAAUUAAAGGGUCUAAAAGUACUGCGCAUAAUGAUAACAAACCAAAUAUUAGCUAUCCAACUAACUUUGAACACACAGUACACGUUGGGUUUGAUGCUGUUACUGGGGAAUUCACAGGUAUGCCUGAGGCUUGGGCGAGGUUGCUGAUGGCUUCAAACAUCAGCAAGCAGGAGCAGAAGAGUAACCCACAAGCAGUUUUAGAUGUACUUAAAUGGUACGACGCUUCAGCAACACAACCGCCACCAUCAAAGUAUAUGACUUCGGCACAAAUGCAUACCACACAUUCAGGUUCUUCAGUAUCGAGAGUAUCUUCUAGUAGUCCGUCAUCCUCAACACCGACGGACACUGAACACCCUGAACCACCGCCUCCACCACCUUCUCGACCUGACCGCACUAAGAGUAUUUACACGAAGCCAGUAGAGGAAGAAGAGGCGCCUCCUCCCAGACCAAUUCCCGCGCCGGUCUCACCACCCCAUGUGCCGCAUCCAGCUCUCACGACACAAUCUAUAUGCAGCCGGGGCGAGCCGGGCGCGCUGGACCGCAACAAGAACCCGGCGGGCGCGCACGCGCCGCCCGCGCCCGCGCCGCCGCCCGCCAACGGCGCGCCGCCCGCCGACACCGGGAGAGCAGCUGCACAACAGCAAAGGAAAAAGAAAAUGACAGAUGAGGAGAUUUUAGAGAAAUUAAGAACAAUUGUCAGUGUUGGCGAUCCUAAUAGAAAAUAUACGAAAAUGGAAAAAAUUGGUCAAGGUGCGUCGGGCACAGUGUACACGGCGAUCGAAACGUCAACGGGUAUGGAAGUAGCGAUUAAACAAAUGAACCUUAGCCAACAACCUAAAAAGGAGCUGAUAAUAAACGAAAUACUUGUUAUGCGGGAGAACAAACACAAUAAUGUCGUCAACUACCUCGACAGCUACUUAGUUAAUGAGGAGCUGUGGGUCGUGAUGGAGUAUCUAGCAGGCGGGUCUCUAACCGAUGUAGUGACUGAGACAUGUAUGGACGAGGGCCAGAUCGCGGCCGUGUGUCGCGAGGUGUUGCAGGCUUUGCACUUUCUUCACACGAACCACGUUAUACAUCGCGACAUUAAGUCCGAUAACAUUCUACUGGGCCUCGACGGACAGGUUAAAUUAACUGACUUUGGGUUUUGUGCACAAAUAUCCCCGGAGCAAAAUAAGAGAACAACUAUGGUCGGCACACCUUAUUGGAUGGCGCCUGAAGUUGUUACGAGAAAGCAGUAUGGACCAAAGGUAGAUGUAUGGUCGCUGGGUAUAAUGGCAAUCGAAAUGAUCGAAGGCGAGCCUCCGUACUUGAACGAGAACCCGUUGCGCGCGUUGUACUUAAUCGCGACCAAUGGCAAGCCCGACAUUAAGGACAAAGAGAAGCUCAGCACCGUCUUCCAGGACUUCCUCGACCAGUGUCUCGAGGUCGACGUCGAGAGGCGAGCCACUGCUCUCGACUUACUGAAGUCGCUCAAGGCACUCAUUGACCGAAUUCCACAGCACCCAUUCCUCAAGAUGGCGCGGCCGCUGGCGUCGCUGACGCCGCUCAUCAUGGCGGCGAAGGAGGCGGCCAAGGGCCAUUAG